CCGCGUAAGCGAGUUGCUUGAACCGAACGGCUGCUUCUCACACGUGGAAAAUAUUUAAUAAAUAUUCGAUUUUGGUUUUCAGAUCAUUUCUCAAAAGUAUCACAUUUGUUUUUGAAAAAAAUUACCAUGUCGUUCGGAAAGAGACCCGAGUUGACUGCACCUCCUGAAUUUUUUUAUAAUGAGGAUGAAGCGAAGAAAUAUUCACAAAAUUCCAGAAUGAUGGAGAUUCAGGGUGAAAUGUCUGAGAGGGCGAUUGAACUUCUCGAAUUGCCCGAAGACGAAUCCUGCAUGAUUCUGGACCUCGGGUGUGGCUCAGGCCUGUCUGGAACUGCACUGGAUGAGGCAGGUCAUAUGUGGGUCGGACUGGACAUUUCGGAAGCCAUGCUACACGUUGCUCGAGACCGUGAAGUUGAAGGUGACGUGAUUCUUGGAGAUAUGGGCGAAGGACUACCGUUUCGAGCUGGUGCAUUUGAUGGUGCAAUAAGUAUCAGUGCAUUGCAAUGGCUGUGUAAUGCUGAUAAGACCUGCCACAAACCGGCAAAAAGGCUUUACACGUUCUUCACAUCUUUAUAUGCAGCAUUGAAUACCGGAUCUCGUGCUGUGUUCCAAUUUUAUCCGUCCGACCAAGGUCAAACCGAUCUUAUAAUGGGACAAGCUAAAAAGGCUGGAUUUAAUGGAGGACUUGUCAUUGAUUUUCCUGAAUCCUCCAAAGCUAAAAAGUACUACCUCGUCCUCAUGGUGGGUGGGAUGUGCAACCCCAUUUUACCAAAAUCUCUAUCCACCACGAGCAACAACACGAUUUCAUAUUCGGACAGAAAUAGUGGACAUGGAAGAGAGAGAAAAGAUCACCGUCGGGAUGUCAAAGGCUUGAAGGAAUGGGUCCAUGAAAAAAAGGAACGAAGACGGCGACAAGGCAAAGAAACCCGAGCAGAUACAAAAUACACUGGAAGAAAACGAUCGGGAAGAUUUUAAAUAAUGUUCACUUAUUAUUUGUACGCCUGUUGUUAUCUAAUUGUUUCUUUUAUAGCUAUUAUUUAUAUAGUUUUAAACUAUAACCAUAUAAAUACUAUGUUCGGUAUAUGGAAUAAAUAUUGAAAUAACUAUCAAAAGUCCAACUAAA